AUGUCUUUCGCGCAGCCUGGACAAGCUCAAACCUGUGGGUCUGCUGCCUGUGUGGAGAAAGGGUCUUCUCAGCAAGAAUCUCAGGUUUCCGGUCCCUUGGGGCCGUCAUCUGUUGUAAACCAGCCAGCAUCCAGCCAACGUCGUCCUGGUCAGCCUGUAUCCCUCAACGAACAGGCCCAAAUGCGUGUCGCAGCGCUGCGCGGGAGAAUCCAGGGUAGGCAGAAUCGAACUGGGGUAGAGUUUGGUACAGGCAAUACAACGGGAUCACUUCUCCACCACGAACACGGAGGGGGUGAACCGGGGGAGGCAAAGCUCAUUGUCGGAUGGCAGGCCCGAAGCUACCUCACCCGCCACGAAAUCAUUGCUCUCCAUCUCGCCAAAUCACUCGGCGGUGCAGAGUUUUACCCCGCCUGUUCGCAGCUUAUGGUUGGCGCAUCGGGCACUGGAGUCCCUGACCCUUUGGGUGGUCACUUGCCAGGCGCGUGCAGCGACAACGACCCUGGCAUCUUUGAUUCCCAGGUAUUCGAUGCCUGUGCACCAUACAUACACCUUCCCCGGUCCUCCUGUCGCUGCAUUUGUGAACGGUGGCACUUCCACUCCUGGAAACGCAACCACGACCGCAUUUUCAAAGGCAACGGCAACCCAGACCGGUGGUGCCACUGGGACAUCGACGACGUCUAA